CUCAGCUACCGGACCGGUUAGCCCUGGUCGUUGGCGGGACAUGUACGUGAUGUGCACGAGCAUGUCUCAGGUGUCCAGCAUACUUUCGCUUGCAGCUGUGCAGGAGAUGACAUCGCAACAGAACUGUCUCGUUCAGCGUCAUCAUUGGUGCCAUUCUAUGUUGUUGAGAUCCCUCGAGCCUCUGCUCGGCAUGGGGAGCUUUCAGCACCUCUGGAUGAAGUUGCUGCCUUUAGCACACUUGCGGUUAUUGACUCAAUUGUCGCAUUGCGUUCGUGCAGCAAUCUCGAAAGCUUCGAACGCUGCCAUCCUACAAGCAGCUUGCACAGAUGUAGAGCGCGGCAGCAACGCAGCUUAGGCGAAGUCUUCGAUGAGUGCCAGGUACGCUAUUUCGUCCUUGUGAUCGAAUGUAAUGAAGUGCAUGCGCUCGUAGCAAAAGCCAUGGAUGUAUGACUGCCAUUUGUCGCCUUGCGUGUU